UACCUUACAGCUUCGUGCAACGUGACUCGUGAUUCUAGCCUCUUUAACCCGUUUCUACCUCAACCACACAACCUCAAGCAACCUUUGACUUGUUGCAACCUCGUUCCGACAUUGCUUGAGCGCUGUACCCGCAGAGUGCGACCAUCCGGGACCCAAUUCUCUAGCGAUUUCCCAGAGCUGCGCACCUUAGCGUUCAUCAAGCCCAGUCUGAAGUAGAGAAAAGCUGGCUUAGAUGCGCACGACUUCUUUAUACAGCGCUCUGGCGGUGCUUUGGCCAGCAGCUUGCCAAGCUUGGUACUUACCAGGUGCAGCUCCACGCUCUUAUGCUCCUGGGGAUGUUGUUCCAUUCACAGUCAAUGCCCUAGCCCCGGCUGCCUCGUCCCCUGGCCUUCCACCUUCAUCGGCGCAGGGCACAGUCUCUUCUUCCACUCAGCUCAAGAGUAUCACCAGCGUCAACUACUACGAGCCCAGACUCCACUUCUGCAGACCCCAGGGCGGAGAGGUGUCCCAAUCGGAAAGUUUAGGUGCUGUGCUCUUUGGAGACCGUAUCUACAACAGUCCCAUCGAGGCCCAUCUCCUCAAGAACGAGUCGUGCCAGCACAUUUGCACAAGUUCGGUCCCAAAAGAAGACUUUGGCUACAUCAACGACAAGAUCCAAGAACAAUAUGCGGUAAAUUGGAUGGUCGACGGACUGCCGGUAGCGACCAAAAGGGUCGCGGACAGGACGCAAGAGAUUUUCUACGCGAUCGGCUUUCCGCUGGGUCGGCAAUUCGACCAUCACGGUUUGGAGCUGAAAACUCCCGCUUUGCAUAACCACUACGAGGCCCUCAUCGAGUAUCAUCAACAUGCGCCCAACGAGUACAGAAUUGUUGGGGCGACUGUUUGGCCAGAUUCGAAGGACAGCUUGCGCGAAUCAGCGGGGAGCAAGCCAAACUGCGGCAACGUUGACUUUCUAACUUUGGACGAGAGCUCCUCGGGCGCGGGCAAGGAGGUCGCGUACACCAUCACUACUUACUGGAUUGAGAGCAAGACGCCCUGGGCGACGAGAUGGGACAACUACCUCCGCGUCUUCGAUCCGCGCAUCCACUUCUUUGCGCUCGCCAACAGCGUCAUCGUAGUGGUCUUCUUGAUCAUUAUGGUCGGCAUGAUCCUUGCGCGAUCGGUCAGUCGGGACAUCCAUAGGUACAAUGCCAUCGACCUCGAUGAGGAUGUCCAGGAGGAGUACGGUUGGAAGCUCGUUCACGCAGACAUUGGAAGGACCCCCUCCCGGCCACUGCUUUUGGCUGUCAUGGUUGGCACAGGCACACAGCUCGUAGCAAUGGCGGGCGUGACCCUCGUGUUCGCCCUGCUUGGCUUUCUCUCGCCAUCCAAUCGAGGCAGUUUGGGAACUGUGAUGGUGGUUACUUGGACGCUUUUUGGCAGUGUGUCGGGCUACUUCUCAACCAGGAUCCAUGUUAGCCUGAAUGGAGAGGACUGGAAGAAGUGCACGUUCCUCACCGCCUUUGCCUUUCCUUUCGUCGUCUUCUCUUCCAUUCUCGCGAUCAACUUCUUUCUGCUGGUCUCAGGCUCCUCUGGUGCUAUUCCCUUUGGCACUUUGCUAGCGCUGGUCGCUCUCUGGUUUCUGAUCAGUGUUCCCCUCACGCUAGUCGGCUCCUUUUUGGGCAUCAAGAGCGGUGGCUGGGCCACUCCGACACGCACAAAUGCCAUCCCAAGGCAGAUCCCACCGGUGCAGUGGUAUCUGAGACCGUUGCAGAGCGCCAUCAUGGCAGGCAUCCUGCCAUUUGGCGCAGCAUUCCUGGAGCUCUUCUUCGUGCUCAACUCUCUCUUUGGAACGCGAAUCUACGUGGCGUUCGGGUUCUUGGCAUUGACAUUCAUCGUGACUGCUUUAACUACGGCGACUGUCACCAUCCUGUAUACUUACUUCGCGCUGUGUGCUGAAGACUAUAGGUGGCACUGGAGAGCUUUCAUGACAGGUGGAGGAUCCUCUUUCUGGCUCUUUGCAUAUGGCCUCUUCUAUUGGGCCACAAGACUGUCUCUGCCAGGUCUGUCCACCAAAAUCCUGUACCUGGGAUACCUGAGUCUUUUGGGCCUGGUCAACUUCUUGCUCUUUGGCUCAAUAGGCUACUUUGCGGCGUGGAUGGCCGUCAAGCGGAUGUACACUGCCGUCAGAGUCGACUAGAGGCGAACUUGAGCUUGGCGUGCGGCAGAAAUCGAUAGCAAAUCAAUAUACAUAUUAUCAGCGACACGAGUCGGACAGACUCCUCUUUCAUGCUUAUGACGACAUGCAACGCAGUCACGAGAUGAAAGAAGAGAUUGCUCAAUAAGCAUGGAAGAGGCAGAUAAAAGUACAUUAGCAAGUGCUUGGUGAGGUGCGUCCCUCUCAAGCUAAUUUGGCAGCAGGAGGUUGUUGGUGCGCAGGAGCAAAAGCCUGCGCUAGCGAAGGACAAACAUGCGCUUCAAACGCUUGUGCGAGC